CACCUGUCCAUCUGAUGCAAUCAGCCAAAGGUCUGAUGUGCAACAGUACAAAAGUUGCCUUUCAGAGUUAAGCAAUAAUUUGAGAAUUUUGUUACGGGCAUUGAGGUAAUCAAAAAAGAUUGAGUUUCAGAAUUAUUAAGGUUUGAUUUUAAGUGAAAAGGUUAAAGAAGCAACAUCUCAUUGCUUGAAUUAUCUGAAGGGACUUAUUUAUCUUAGAACACAGUGUCUUGGAAAUAAAUACUGAAGUUGAAGAGGCAUUAAACCUCCUGAAAGACCUAAAGGACCGCUGUAUUGUUUGUUUUUAUUCUCCUUUUGUGUUGGUUUUAUUUUGACAAGAAGUAUGGAUCGUAUGGAGCUUAAGAGAGUUAGUACAGAGGCUGAUGACAGUAACAGUGAAAGCGGUAUGGAUGAUGACUAUACAAAAUUGACAAAUUCAGAGAAAGCUACCAUCAGCAGUCAAUUUCAUGACGAAGAUGAUGCCGAAAUUCAGAGGUUUCUGACAAAUGAGUUUUCAGGGAAAACAAAAUUUGAAGACUAUCAAGAAGAAUAUCAUCCUGGAAUGACAUCAUUUGGAAUGUCAGCUUUCAACCUCAGCAACGCUAUCAUGGGGAGUGGCAUUCUUGGUCUGUCCUACGCUUUGGCCAAUACUGGGAUCAUACUAUUUGUAAUCUUGUUGGUUACAGUGGCCAUAUUGUCAUUGUAUUCUAUUCAUCUCUUACUAAAGACUGCAAAGGAAGGAGGCUCUUUAGUUUAUGAGAAAUUAGGAGAACGAGCUUUCGGGUGGCCUGGGAAAAUUGCAGCCUUUGGUUCUAUUACACUGCAGAAUAUUGGAGCUAUGUCAAGCUACCUCUUUAUAGUCAAGUAUGAACUACCAGAAGUAAUACGGUCAUUUAUGGGAAUAGAAGAAGUCAAUGGAGUGUGGUAUACAAAUGGCAACUACCUUGUUGUACUUGUGUCGCUAUGCAUUAUUCUGCCUCUCACAUUUCUCAAGAAUUUAGGGUACCUUGGUUACACAAGUGGAUUUUCUCUCUCUUGUAUGGUUUUCUUCGUUUGUGUUGUCAUAUAUAAGAAAUUUCAGAUUCCCUGCCCAUUGCUUGGAUUGGAUCAUCACUUAGGAAACUUCACAGCAUUGACAAACACCACAGGCCACUGGAUAACUGAUUAUCCAGUGAUCCGUAACAUAACCGCUGAUCACGAACUGAACCUUAUGACGCCCUACAUUAAUGGACACACAGCAGCAGAAGAUGAAGAUCAUGCUCUCAUCCGCACCAAUGGGGUCAGUUACGAAGCCCAUUUUGAAGCUAACAUGUGUAAACCAAAAUACCUGGUAUUCAACUCACAGACAGCGUACACCAUUCCCAUUCUUGCCUUUUCGUUUGUGUGCCAUCCUGAGGUACUUCCAAUCUACAGUGAACUUAAAGGUCGCUCUCAAAAGAAAAUGCAACAUGUGUCCAAUGUGUCAAUUGCUGCGAUGUUCAUCAUGUACCUCCUGGCUGCUCUUUUUGGGUACCUGACCUUUUAUGGACAAGUUGAAACAGAGCUGCUUCAUACUUUCACAAAAGUAUACCAUUUUGAUGUGUUACUGUUGUGCGUCCGUCUGGCUGUACUGAUAGCAGUCACAUUAACAGUACCCAUUGUACUUUUCCCGAUCCGAACAUCGAUUCAGGAACUGAUAUGUCCAAGACGGUCCUUCAACUGGAUACGACAUAUUGUAAUUGGAGCAAUCCUGCUAAUUUUAGACAACCUUCUUGUGAUAUUUGUUCCAAACAUUCGGGAUAUUUUUGGGUUUAUAGGUGCAUCUGCAGCUACAAUGCUUAUCUUCAUACUCCCUUCAGCCUGUUACAUCAGACUCGUGAAAAAAGAAUCAAUGAAAUCCAUGCAAAAGAUUGGGGCUAUGAUUUUCCUUAUCAUCGGCAUAAUCUUUAUGAUUGGAAGCAUGACUCUUAUCGUCAUUGACUGGAUUCACAACCCACCCAGUUCAGGUGGCCAUUAACAAGGACAAUCAAUGCUUCUGCAUAGAAACACCGGUUUCUGCAUCUAACAAACCACUCCAAUGGGCAGAAACAGUGGGAGUCAGAUGCCAUUCCUCUUCCUUUUUAAAACAGCAUGAAUCCAGAGAUUUGAGCUGAUGAGGAGUUAACAACUAGAUGUAGAUAACUGAAGAUCAGCUCUUGCAAAGGAUUGUUUCGGUUCAGCAUUAAAUCUCCUUGGACUUGAAAGAAAAAUAUUCCGAAUCAUAGGAUGUGCUGUGAAUAAAGGCACAAUAGAACAAUACUUCAGACAAAGUGCGCUUUAACUGCUGACUGUAGUAAAUUUAGGAAAAUGUGUACCUGUUGCUGAAACAUUGGAAACCUUUCGUCUUUGAGGUUGUACAUAGUUUUCAAAUAUUACACCAAGCAUGCGUAUGCAUUUUCUAACUUAUAAAACAUGUCUGUUAGAGUUAGCCUCAUCUUUUUAGACAUAGAAGUUGCAUCUAGCUGCUACAGUGUACUGAGCUGCUGAAGUAAAAGCAUCCUCCUUUUUUUUAACAGCUUGAUUAAACUGUUGUUCGUUAGAAAGUUUUGCAAGUCUGGAGUAAAGGUCCAGACCCUUAUCUUGACCUCCCUCUUGUCCUCCUCCAAACCCUCGUUCCUACCAAUUACAGAGUCUGGAAUUAGGAUCAUAGCAUCCCUACAGUGUGGAAGCAGGCCACUCAGCCCAUUGCGUCAACACUGACCCUGCGAAGAGCAUCCCGCCCGGACCUACCAGCCACUAA